AACGCGUCUUUGAAAAGACUUCUUCUCCUAUUUCUAAAAGUGGUCUAAAAUGCGUCUUUCAAAAGACGUUCAUUUUUUAUAUGCAAAAUUCGCUUUAAAAAGACGGGGGUGUUCCGAAACUUAGUUAGCAUGUUUAUUUUUUUCGAAAAUCAAUUUUUCACGAAAUUGAAAGUGGUAACCGUCACUUUUUAUUAUUUUUAAAUACUAAUGUAUUUUCGCGAGCCUUCAUAAUUUGUUUUCAUUUUAAUAUGUCGUAAUUUUGUUUUCCUGCACCCCCUGGCGGAUAUUCUUUGACAAUUGAUCAUCGGAACAUUCAAUGAAAAUUGGUGGUAUUUUAAUGAAAACAUCUGCAGGACACCUGUUGUUUAAAAAGUUUUUGAUUUAAAAAAAGAUGUCGCAAAAUAACGCUGAAAGUUACAAGAACCAAAACCAUCUUGUCCAAAAAGAAUUGUUUAUUAAUUUAAUAUCAGAAUUGGAUAUAAAAACAGGUUUUAGAUGUCUAGACAUUGGAUGUGGAACUGGAAAUUUUACUUCACUUUUAACUGAUCUUGUAGGAAAGGAUGGAUAUGUUCUUGGUAUUGAUCCUGAUAAAGACAGGAUUGACAUUGCAAGAGAAACAUAUUCUCGUAUUUCAAAUAUGGAAUUUUUGUGUGUGAAUGCUGGUGAUAUGCCAACUGAUCUUCCGAAUUUUGAUGUGGUCUGUUCAAGUGCGGUUCUGCAUUGGAUGGUAGAUGAAGAGAAAUGGAAAACCUUUCAAAACGUUUUUGCUUUACUUAAACCUGAUGGGAUGUUCAGAUUUGGUUGCAUGGUAAAAAUACCUGAUGUUAUUAAAGAGAUAUAUAGACUUGUAGAGGAGAAAGGUGGCGCUCCUUGUGUGCGAAAAACAGAAAUGCCAACCGAUGAAAUAUAUGAAGAAAGAUUGAAAGAAUGCGGUUUUGAGAUUGUGAAAAUAUACACUACAGAACAUACAUUUGUUUUUUCGGCACUAAACCAGUUUUUGAUAUGGUUGAGUGCCACAGUAUAUUCUGAAAUUGACAUUAUUGAGCUGUGUCGUGAAAAUGAAGGUAAAUUGGAGUUUGAAAGAAACAAAAAUGGGGAAUAUUUGCUAACAUACACUCGUGUGUAUGCUUUGGUGAAAAAGCCUAACAAAUUAGACUAAUAUUAUAUUUGAGAGAAUUUUUUUAAUACAGAUAACCUGUAUUUAUACACAAUUUUGAAACCGACUAGCACAUGUUAUUUACAAACAAAUAUUUCUACAGCAAUUCAAAUAAAUUUUCACGGCAGUCGUUUUUUAGCGUCAUAGCCAGUUGCUUUGUAA